AUGGUCCGCACCAACGUGGUGAGCACCAAAGCCGGCACGAUGGCGGCACCGCCCGCGACCACAGCCGCAGUCCCAACUGAUGGCCUGACACGGAACCGCCAAGCCCGCAUGCUUCGUCCUUCUCGUCCUCGUAUCCCCUCGUCGGCCGGAUCUUUCCAUGCCGGCGCCCCAAUCCCCGACCUCGGCUCCUACCUCCGAUCUGCCUCUUACCGCCGCCGCUUGACACCAGGCCUCCGACGACAGUCCACCCACAAAUACCAUACCUUCCCCACUCCGCCGCCGAAGCCUCCCUCGGAUUCGAGUUCCGGAGGGCGCGCAAAUAGAUCUUCCGAGUCUCUCCAACGCCGCAAAGCGCAGGACGACAAGGCAGACGAACGUGACGCGACGCCGCUGCCGGUCAAGCAGCUCGUCCUGCUUGCCUGGCUGAGCCUUUGCGAACAAACGGCGCUGAACUCUAUAUCGCCAUAUCUCCCAACGAUGGUGAGAUCCUUUGAAGAAAUCCCGGCUACACAAACGGGGCUCUAUGUCGGUCUUCUCGCGUCGGCCUUUGCAUUGGCCCAGUUGACUACGAACCUGCUCUGGGGCUUUCUCUCCGAUCUGUUCGGCCGAAAACCGACAAUGAUCCUUGGGACAGGGCUCUUGAUGGUGUGCUUUGGGUUCUUUGGGUUCUGCACCACCUACUGGCAAGUGCUCGUUGUUCACAUAGCCAUGGGGCUGCUCAAUGGCAAUGCUGCCGUUGUCCCGACUUGUCUGGGUGAGGUUACGGAUCGAAGCAACCAGAGCAAAGCCUUCACAUGGCUACCAGUCAUGUACUCUAUCGGUGGCAUCACAGGCCCGGCACUGGGAGGUCUCCUCGUCCGUGAGGGGGCGGUGCGAUUUCCAUUCUUGGGCCCCAACAUUGGCAGCUCCGCGCUGUUGGCUACCGCCGUGGUCAUCCUUGCCAUCUGGCUUGACGAGACUGCUGAUGACGAGACGAUGAAAGCCGCUCGGUCACGCCUAGGCUGGCUUGAACGGCUGUUUCGCCGAAGUCAGAAGGGAAUUCAGGGCCGUAAAGGGUCAUGGAGUGCAAGAUGGCCGAUGCAUCACCAUGACGUCGCUGAUGAGGCUGAGGAUUCAUCUUCGUCCUCUGCUACAGGAAGCAAUGAUUCCCUUAGUGAAGGCAACCCUCUACUCGAUCAGUCUGGGUCGGAAGAUGACUAUUCGGACGACGACGAUGACCAUCAUUGGUCAGUUGGCGAGAUUCUUAAUCGCACAACGAUUGUGGUGCUGUUAACGUAUCUGAUAUUCCAACUGUCCAACAUCAGCUAUAACAGCUUGUUUCCAAUAUUUUCCUCUGCCAAACCCCCCACUGGCCGUGGCCUGGGGCCCGGAACAAUUGGGUUAUUGCUCUCUUUUUCAGGGCUCCUGACAAUUGUGUUUCAGAUUCUUCUCUUCCAACCCAUCAAAGCUAGGCUUGGAAAUCUGGGAACAUUUCGAUGGUCUCUCCUCGGCAUGACGGCAAGCAUGGCCCUCAUUCCCUGGAUCGGAUAUCUUGACAGCCAGCCUGUUUUUGGCCUGGGCAGCGGCAAAUGGUGGCUCUACGCCGAAACUUCAAUAAUUCUCUUGAUCAAGAACAUGUGCGCCAUUGGAGGAUUGUCGAGCGUGAUGCUCUUGAUCACCAACUGUGCCUCUUCGCACAAAACAUUAGCGACUCUCAAUGGGGUGGCUCAAACACUGUCAGCGGCUGGUCGUAGCGUUGGCCCUUUUGUUUCAGGCGCCUUGUUCACGGCCUCAACCCGUAUCAAACCAAAGGGUGAGCUUUUGGCGUGGGGUUUAUUUGCCGGCAUCACCCUUGUCGGCUGGCUGGGAAGCUUAACUAUCAGGGGCGAUGGCUUGGAAAGCGAUGACUGGGUUGGUGAUGAUGAGGAGGACAGCGACGAAGAUCAUGAGGAUGGGAGCGACGCAGAGCAUGGGGGGCCUUCUCGGGAGCAUGACCCAGAAAGGUGA